GCUCUGCUGGCCUGUGGGAAACAUCCGGGCUUUCUGUGGGUUGUCACAAGCCUGCGAAGAUGGCGACUGCGGGGAGAACUACACUGUUAUCUGCUAUUCUAAAUGUAAAUAACACUACAACAGAAAGCCAAAACACCGAAGAGGAUGACGGACAGAAUUUAUGGUCAUCGAUACUGAGUGAAGUAUCAACGCGUUCUCGGUCAAAACUGCCCACAGGGAAGAACGUCGUGGUUAUGGGUGAGGUGGGAUGUGGUAAGACCACCCUGGUGGCCAAACUGCAGGGUGUAGAAGAGUACAUGAAGGGGCGGGGCUUGGAAUACCUCUACUUCAGUGUUCACGACGAGGACGUAGAUGACCACACCCGGUGUAAUGCAUGGGUGCUAGACGGGGACCUGUAUCACAAAGGCCUGCAGAAGUUUGCCUUGUCGGUGGAGAAUUUGGCCGACUCCCUCGCCCUGUUUGUGGUGGACCUGUCACGGCCCUGGCUGGCCCUUGAAUCCUUGCAAAAGUGGGCCAGCGUGGUGCGGGACUACCUGGACAAGUUGCGAGUGCCUCCAGAGACCAUGAGAGAGAUGGAGCACAGACUGGUGAAGCAGUUCCAGGAAUACAUGGAGCCAGGGAGUGAUCUGGAAGCCAUGCCCCAGAGGAGAAACCCCGAGUCGGAGGAGGAGAGUGUCGUACUCCCUCUGGGGGAAAACGCACUCACACACAACUUGGGUAUUCCGCUGGUGGUGGUCUGCACUAAGUGUGAUGCCAUCAGUGCACUGGAAAAGGAGCAUGAUUACAGAGAUGAGCACUUAGACUUCAUCCAGUCACAUGUCCGCCGCUUCUGCCUGCAGUAUGGUGCAACACUGCUUUACACCUCCAUGAAGGAGAAUAAGAACCUGGAUUUGUUAUAUAAAUACCUCAUCCACAGGUUAUAUGGAUUCCCGUUCAACUUCCCCGCCCAAGUGGUGGAGAAGGACUCUGUCUUUAUUCCGUCAGGAUGGGACAAUGAAAAAAAGAUUGCCAUCCUACAUGAAAACUUCCAGACAGUAAAAGCAGAUGAUAACUUUGAAGAUGUAAUUGUGAAGCCAGCAGUUAGAAAGUUUGUACAUGAGAAGGAAAUACAAGCAGAAGAUGACCAAGUGUUUCUCGUGAAGUUACAGACUCUAUUAGCCAAACAGCCUCCAGUUACAACAGGAAGGCCAGUAGAUGCCUCGAACAGAGCUCCCACUGGCUCCCCGAGGACGACCAAUCGCUCGGCGGCAGCCAACGUGGCCAACGUCAUGCCCAUGCAAUCAGGUACCAAGAAGAUUGAUCCCAACAUGAAAGGUGGUCAGACCAGUGAGGGUGUGCUGGCUAACUUCUUCAACAGCCUCCUGACUAAGAAAGCAGGUUCACCGGGCACAGGGGGGCAGCCCACAGGGGGAGGGAGCACCACUCCUGGCACAGUCCGCAAGUCAGGCUCCAAGCUGGGCUUGACUGAUGUCCAGGCCGAACUGGACCGGAUUUCCAGCAAAUCAGACCUGGAUUCCUCUGCCCUCAAUGCAAGCACACCCCCUGCUGAAAACGAUGAAUCCUGAACAAGCAGCAGCAUUAACUGUCAUCACGCCCUGCCCCUGUAUUCUCUGCCCACUCUGAAUCCAUUUCCCCUCCUCCACUGCUCCUCUCUGUGUCUGUCUCUCCUCCACUGCCGACACACUCCCAGUAAAGCCAGUGACUCCAGGUUGCUGCAUGUUGGGUGGAUUGUUUCUAUACACACAUUUACACUCACACCUGCACACACCCAUACUGCUGAUGUCUGUGUGUGUGUGUAUGACGAGUGAAGGAAUCCAUCUAUUGGUGGGUCUAAUGUGUACAAGAAUGUUAGCAGGCUGAGAAACGAGGCAUGUAGGAUUAUGUGAUGCAUAUAGAGUCAAGGAUUCGCAUGUUUAUGAAAUAGGUUUUCUUGCUUGGCUUUGUACAGUCAUGUCUCAUUUUGAGUAACAGGAGUGAGCUGCUCGAUGUCAUUUUCCGUAGACUUCUUAUAAAUGCACAUUUUAUUUAAGUCAUAGAAAAACUUUUCAUCUGGACACAAAGUGAAGCUGUCUUUUGGAGAGGUAUGGCCUACCAUGAAUGCUCUGAUAUCAAAGUUGGGAGUGGUCUCCAUUUACAGUGUUUUAAUUAGAUAGUUUUAGAACACUACACCCCUGCACAGAUACAAGAAACCCUUCUGGGCUUCCAUUUUCUUUCUAUCUGUUUCUGCACUUUGGACUAUGUGAUCCCCACCUCACUGAUUUUAUUCUUCUGUUGGCUGAAACAGCAUAUUGUUUACAUGAUCCUAAUACAUCCAUUUGUCAAGAUGAUUGUUUUAAAGCCUCAAAUACUCAAAAUCUCUGAACCAAUUAAAUUAAAUUAAAUUAAGUUUGACUGGCACAUAUAAGAGAUUGGGCAGUUUUAGAGGAUUGACUCCUCUGUUUGCAUUGCUGGCGUAAACCGAUUAUAGCAUCCACAUGUGUUUCAACAGACGAAUGUGUAUUGGCUGUUAAUCUAAAUUUCUGACUGGGGAUUCCUGGGCCAGAAUAUAUCUCCAGUCCUUCAUUUCAGCUUUAUCAAGAUCAUCCACUGAGAGGGACCAGGUCUCACCCAGCUCUAAUGAGUGUACGUUCCAUUUCUGGACGACAGAAAACGUCUUAAUUUUGCACUACUGGUGAGGGUUAGAACUCCAGCCAGGACAUCACUUAAAAUUCACUGAAAACGCUAAGUGAAGGUCAAACGACUCAUUUAUUUCCUGUAGUGCAUUUCCACUGUUGGCACUGAAGUGCUGAGCUCCUCACAGUUGUAAACCAAGGCUGUAAAUUACAAUACAGAUGAUUUUAGGAACACCAGCCACAUUGGAUUGGAAAUGUAUCUGUUGUUUUGUGUUUUUUCAUGAGUUUUGACAUGAUUGAUGUUUUCUUUAUUACAUUCAACCUUUUAUUUGCAGAUGUACUACCAACCAUGCAGAUGUGAUCAGUAUCACUGGCUGUACACUAGCCCUGGCAUGUGGGUGCGUGUGUGUGCGCAUGUGUGUGUUUAGAAAGAUGCUGGUAUGUUGUGAAAUUAUAGUUCAUGAGGAUGCAAGGUUUUGGGGGGGUUGGAUGUGUGUGUGUGGAUAUGUGUGCAUUUAGAGCAGACGUGUGUGUGUGUGUGUGUGUGUGUGUAGAGCAGGAGGCUAGGUGGUGUGGUCUAGUCUGACAGUUAGGGAUGGUCACUAAGAAGAGACAAGGACUGGGGAUGUGGAGGUAGAAGUUGUAGGGAAUAUGAGGUCAGAGGUCAUCCUCUCCUAUGACAAUGUACAUCCAUGUCAAACUUCUGCAUUCGGGGUGGGGGGUU